GUUCCAUAGAUCGUCUUCCAUUUGAAAAAGAUAAUUCAUUGAAAAAUGUCAGCUACAGCGGCUACAGCGACUACAGCCACCCUCCAAGGUGACGAAGAAUUUGAGGAAUAUGUUCCACAAGUGAAAUUAAUUAAAACUCUUGAGAGGAAUGGCAUAACAGCUGGAGAUAUAAAAAAAUUGGAGGAAGCAGGUUACCAUACAGUUGAAGCUGUAGCUUAUGCUCCAAAGAAACAUCUGAUUACUAUUAAAGGUAUUAGUGAAGCUAAAGCAGAUAAGAUACUGCAAGAAGCCUCAAAAUUAGUUGUGAUGGGAUUUAAAAGUGCUACAGAAAUUCAUCAAAUUCGAUCGAAUAUUGUAUUUGUAACAACUGGUUCCACUGAAUUAGAUAGAUUGUUGGGAGGUGGUAUAGAGACUGGCUCUAUCACAGAAAUUUUUGGGGAAUUUAGAACAGGAAAAACUCAGUUGUGCCAUACGCUUGCAGUUAAUUGUCAGUUACCUAUAGAUAUGGGUGGUGCAGAAGGAAAGUGUCUUUACAUUGAUUCAGAAGGAACCUUUAGACCUGAAAGAUUAAUUGCUGUUGCAGAAAGGUAUAAGAUUGCAGGGGAUUCUGUUUUAGACAAUGUAGCUUGUGCCAGAGCUUACAAUACAGAUCAUCAAACUCAAUUAUUAAUUAAUGCUAGUGCUAUGAUGAUAGAAUCUAGAUAUGCCUUACUGAUAGUAGAUAGCGCAACUGGUCUCUACCGGACUGAUUAUUCUGGAAGAGGUGAAUUAAGUGCUAGGCAAAUGCAUUUAGCUAGGUUUCUUAGAAUGCUAUUGAGAAUAGCUGAUGAAUAUGGUGUUGCUGUUGUUAUUACCAACCAAGUUGUGGCACAAGUUGAUGGUGCAGCAAGCAUGUUUGGUGGAGAUCAAAAAAAACCAAUUGGUGGUAACAUUCUAGCACAUGCAAGCACCACAAGGCUUUAUUUACGCAAAGGAAGAGGAGAAACUAGAAUAUGCAAAAUUUAUGAUUCACCUUGUUUGCCUGAGAGUGAAGCUAUGUUUGCCAUAAAUGCAGAUGGAAUUGGGGAUGUUAAGGAAUAAUAGUAUACUUGUCUUCUAUAAGUAGUAUUUGUACCUCAAAAAGUCCUGAAAGUGCCUUAUUUUGUAUAUAUAGAUGCUAUUUGGAGGAUAUACAGUACCGGACAAAUGUUUUCGGACAAAAACCGUUUCCAGUAGUAUUUGAAUUAAGUUUUAAUUCUUGUUUUCUUAGAUCGCCUACACUCGAUUUAUUUUCUAAAUGUCCUUUUCGAACAAAUUGUUUAUUUUGUCGAAUAUACUAUCUAUUUAGGGAUGUCCACACAUUGAAGAAACUAUGGAUGAUUGCGUUCCAUUUCAGCCAUCUGUGAUGUUUCGUUUUCAAAUUUUUCCUGAAUUUUUACG